GUUUCUCACCAUCUAAUUACAAGGGGGCAUAAGUAAUAUUGACUUAUACAUUUUCAUUCCUUAUGUUAUAAGACUAGGAGGCUAUUUUAUCAUGCUGUGGUGUAGUGAAUCUUUCAUAGUCGGAAAUGCUUUCUGAUUUCAAAGUACUUUCCCUUGACAGAUGUUUGUUAGUGUGGAGCUUGAUAAAAAAUUGUCUAGUCAAAAUGCCUGGUAAGUCAUCAGGAUGUUACAGGUCUCUGCUGGCAAAGGUCAAAAUCAACUGUUUACUAGCUUGGUGUCUAAGUCAGAUACAUCAACUGCCACAGAAUCAGGGUUGUUCCAGCAAUGAACUGACAAUACUUGUACAGGGAGGAACCUCAGAACUGCAGAAGGCCCCUGAACAAGAUGUGAGCAGGGAAUUCCUUUACGUUUCAGAUUUUCAAUUUACUUUAGAAGAGACUCUUGAUUCCUUUCAGAAAUCGGUAUGCGAAGACAUGAGGAACCUUCAUAUAGAAAUUUUAAGACAAUUCCACAUGCAAGCGAUGGAAAUGUCAACUGUGACGAGUAAAAUUCUAGCAAACCAACCUGAGGUCCGGAAGAAGUUAAUCUCUCUGGAAAGAAAACCAGCAGCUUCUGCAAUUUUUUUAGCACUGGUGAAGAUUGUAUUCAGUGUUAAUGAUUUGUUGUGUGGAUUGGAAUAUGUCUGCUGUUUGUGUUGUACAAUUUGCCUUUCAUUUAUGGGCUUUUGUUCUCUAGGUUCUACAUCACAGUGGAACAUCAUGUGGCUUUAAUGUUCACUACCAAACAUGCCAUCGCUGAACUCGUUUUUCGCCUGAACAACCCCCUCCUC